AUGCAACGCUUUUGGAAGCUGCCACCUUUUUACUGUGGUGUUUGUAUGAGGAGCUUUAUUCGCCCCUCAGAAAGUACCCAGGACCAUUUUUUGGACGUGAGUUACGCACCUCCAAUCAAAGACCGGUCAGGUAACUCUCAGCUACAGUUGGAGAGACUACACAACAAGUACGGUCCUAUUGUUCGGAUCACGCCAUACAUCAUUGAUGUCGACAUACCAGAGAUUAUCCAGACGGUGUUCAGCACCAAGGGGAAUUGGCUUAAGACUCCGUGGUACCAUGGAAGUAGCGCGCUUGUCAACAAUCAGAUCGUCCUCAACCUAUUCAGCCAGACCAAUCCAAAACAGCACGCAAAGGAGAGGAAGCCAAUUGCCAAAUUCUACUCCCCUUCUGCUACUGCCGCGCUCGAGCCUCAUAUUGACUCAGUCAUCAAGAAGUUCUGCCAAGACCUGGAGAGACGGUUCAUCAAUGUUCCAGACGACAAGCGGGAGUUUGACCUUGGUCAGUGGAUUCUAUUCUAUACCUGGGAUGUGACUGGUGCUGUGACUUUCUCCAAGCCGUUCGGCUAUCUGGAUAAAGGCUUCGAUUUCGAUGGCGUCCUCCAUGCUGCCGACAAAGCACAGGACUACUUUGUCGUGAUCGGGGCCAUGCCGUUCCUCGACCGAGUUUUCGACAAGAAUCCCGUUUACCGUGUCGGGCCUCCCGGAUUCAAUACUUCCACUGGCAUCUCGAUUCAGCGCCUACAAGACCGCUACACUGGUGCAGACAAGGAAUACCACAACCCCGACAUUCCCGACUUUCUCGAUCGCUUCAUUGCCGCCAAGAACGACGACCCUGAAAACGUCAGUGACCCGCAGAUCAUUUCCUGGCUUAUGGUCAAUAUGAUCGCAGGAAGCGAUACUACUGCGAUCACCAUCCGAAGCGCUCUGUACUUCUCCCUCAGCAAUCCCAAAGUCUGGUCUCGGCUCAACGAUGAAAUUCGUUCGAAGCGUUUCCGAGAGCGCGGAAUGGUUCCACCGGCAUACAAAGAAGUCCGCGCCAUUCCUUACGUCGAUGCUGUCGUUCGCGAAGCGCUCCGCAUUCUGCCAGGCGUCUCUAUGUCCAUGGAACGCUACGUUCCGGCUGGCGGGUUUACGCUACCCAACGGCGACUAUCUGCCGGGGGGAACUAUCAUCGGGGUGAGCCCCUACAUUACGAAUCGAAAUCAAUCGGUCUUUGGCGUUGGUGCCGACGCGUUCCGGCCAGAGCGCUGGUUGAGGGACGAGGCUGGAGGUGAGACGGAAGAGUCCUUCCAGUCACGCCUGACCCUGAUGAACAAGGCGGACUUGUCAUUUGGGGGCGGAAGCAGAAGCUGCAUCGGUAAGAACCUGGGGUUGUUCCAGUCUUACAAGGUUUUGGCUACGCUCAUCACGCUGUACGACAUUGAGUUGUCGGAAAAGGCAGACUGGAAGGUCAUUUGCAGUUGGUUCCCACGACAAGAAGGUUUGCGGGUCAGGAUGAGGCGAAGGCCUUGA